GUCGAUAAAAACAAUAAACAUAUUAAGGUAUGUACUUGAUAUGCAGAUACCUAGACUCUAGAUCUUGUUCCACAAGAUACAAGUUUGCUUGACAUUUAAUUUGAACACCCACCCGGUACAAUGGAAAGCAACCUACACCAUUUAUAAUGAGAGCGCGAUUCUGACUUCUGAAUAUUGACCAGUAUAUAUAUAGUCCUUGAGCAUAGGGUAACUUAAAAAAAACUAACAAUAGUUAACGUGAUAUCAUAACGUGGCAUUCAAUGCGCGAGUCUUGCAGCACGCAGCACGAUUUGACCAUAGUUUCGCUUUGUGAAAGGGCUCCUAUCAGGCACGCGUUUCCUGCCCCAGUGCUGCAUCCAUUCUUGGCCUUGUGUUUUUGGCUUGUUCGGUAAUUGGACAUUUUUUUCUCUAUGUCGUGCAAAUGUAUCAUUAUUUCAUUUUCAACAAAAUUCACUUAUAUUGGUUGAUUUUGCAACUACUGAUUAUUUGGAUUCUGUUUACACCAUCUGAAAUGAUAUUUCUCUGUCAUGCAUAAUUGCAUCCCGACUUUUGCGACAUGAAACGCCAUCUCGAAUUGCCAUUCAUCCGGGGUUGAAAAGGCUACAGACGUCCUCCUAUUGUUUGACUGAUUGUCUACGUUUGGAAGCAAAAUGUUAAUUUAGCAUUUCCAGGCGUUUGUACGAGCAAAGUUUAUGCUAAGUGAAAGUGUGAAAUCAUGUCUGUUGACAAAGAGUGGAGUGAAGCUUUGAAGGCCUGUCUUGCAAAUGUGGAGGAAUUGAACAGUGAACCAUCCAGCUCUCAACCACAGGAUCAUCAGGCUGACAAUUUGCCUUCAUCAUCACUCAGUCCGGAGGAGUGUUCCCCUCAGCCAUCCCCUGACAGCCAGCAUAAAGAUGCUACACCUCAGUCAUCUCAGCCAGGGUUCUCUCCCCUGUCCCAGCAGGACGGCAGCGUGUCUCAAUCUGGUGUCCCUCCAUCCUCCAUGGCCGGUGGCAAUCUCUACCAAGAACUUUCUUUUCAUGAAGAGAGCGGCACCUUUGAAAACGAAUCUCAUCACCUACUGGAACCCAUGGAUCAUCAAAUUGAAACAGAUAACAAUAUGUACCAGUCACCCGGAAAGCCAGGAGUACGAAAAGGGGUUGGUGUCCCAAGUUCUCAGUUUGCCAACAACAGUGUCAUGAACACAGGACCUUCCCAUUCACAGAACUUGAACUCUCCGGAGCAGUCACUUAAGACCUGCAACCAGUUACUGGAGCAGAUGAAAACGGUGGGCCGCUUGCCUAUUGGCCCCCCCGCGCCUCAGAACGCUCCGCCGAGGCAACCUGCUUUUAGAAUGAACAACCCCGGCUCCGCCAUACACACAGGCGGGCAGCCUUCCAGACUCGGCUUUCCACGACCGACAUCACCAAGACAUGCGGCACUGUCACCACAACAAACAGGCGGUCGACCUCAUCAGCCACAGCAGCACCCACAGAAACAGAUGCAGCAAAAUCCACCACCACCACGGUUGCAGCAUCAGCAACAGAAUCCGGGUCCACAACAGCAGCACUUUCAAAGGCGACCCCAGCAGCAGCAGCAGCUGCGUCCGAGACUGCCAAAUAACCAGAUGCAAAAUGCAAGACAUCCAGCUAACGCAGUCAGGAUGGCUUCUGCCAACAGAAAUAUGGGCCCUGUACCAGGAGGUCGUCCUGGAAGCGGUCCACCAGGACAAAUGCAAGGUGCAGUUGGUGCCAACAGAAAUGGCUCAAACUUUCCCCGGGGCCCUGGCCCUGGCCCUGGCCCAGCACAAACCAACAUGGCUUCUGGAAUGAAACCUCCGGCUCUCAGAGCUGAAGCUCCUAAUCCGUACAUGGACCCUGAAGAUGAUGAUAUUCCGAUGGAUGAAGAGGACAUGUAUUACGAUGAUGAUGAGGAGGAUUAUGAUGAGGACAUGGAAGAGGAUGAAGAGGAUUUUUACGAGCAGUACCACCAUGGCCCUCCUCCUUUCCAUGGCCCCGGCGGUCCAGUCCCUCCCCAUGGCCCCAUGCCACCCUAUCAGUUUGAGGAUUCCAGUGAUGAGGAUGAUGUUACUGAUGAGGAAGCUGCACUUUUGGAAGAAUUAUCGGACUGUCAGGACGAGGAGAGACGGAAAAUUCUGAUCCAGCAGUUACAUGAAAAGGGGGUUGACCCUGAAGACAUCAGUUACGCUGAGGCCGAGGGGCAUGCGUUCUUUGAAAGUCAAACAUAUUUUGGGGAAGAACAGGAAAACGCCAUAUCUUCAUCCUCUCAGCCGUCUCCUCUGCAAAAGCAGCAGCCAGGACAACACCCUGCUACAUGGCCCGCGGGUGUUGUACAGAAUGUUGCUCACAGCUCCUCCGCUGGAUUCUCACACGGUCAGCAGACGAUGCAGUACUCCCAGCAAGGUGCCGGUCCUCCGUCCAGUCAGGGGUCUCAUGCCGUCAGUCAGCCGCACAGCCUACAGCCCAGGGUUCCUGGACAGAACGCGAACCAGGCACGGAGGCCUCCUCCUGUGGGUGGCCCGCAGGGUGGGAAUGUGGGAGGUCCUCCUAACAUGCGUCCUCAGCCUCCCCAAGGGCAGAUGAGACCAUCGGGUCCUAGACCGCAGGGGCCACGGUUUGCCGGACCGUCACAGUCGAAUCCAAGUCAGAACAUUCCAGGGCAGCAGCAGCAGCAGCCGGUAAGUCCUCAUGUUCAGAACGCUGUUCGCCAUCCAGCUUCAACUGGGGCUGGUCGCCCAUCACACCCGCUCAGACCUCCAAUAAUUUCGCCGAUGCAGACCGGUGUGCCAAGACCGCAGGGUAUUGGUUCAGUUGCUCCCACCCAGGCUGGUGGGUUUGCCCGACCUCAACACGCUCCGCUGCGAUCUGUCCGCCCAAGGCUGCCAGGAAGGUUCGCAGGUCAGCACAGAGCUCCCAUCACAGGUGCUCUGGAUCAGGAGAUGGCGCCUAGUGAAGCCAAACUGGCAAGACUCGCUGUCAUGCAUAUGCAGGAGAGUCUGGACCGAGAAAUAAUGGCGAAAAAGGGAAUGCCUCCCUCUCUGGCUGUGUCAGGUUCACAGACAGUUCGGAGCAUGAGCCCUCGUAUGCCGUCAAACAUUCCUCAUCGAUUCGCCCACAAUCAACAGCAGCAGCACGCUGGUUUCAGCCCGCAUGCUCUGCAACAGCGCAUGGGCCACCCACAUAACCUUCACAGUCAGGGAUUCUCACCUCACCCUCCUCGUCGUCAGCUCUCCCCUCGCUCCCCCUACCCUGGCAGUGUAAACAACAAUAUUCACAGCCCCAGCAGCAGCACCACAUCUUUAUCAGAAGGCAGGCCCAUCUGCAGUGUGGUCCCAUUUACAGAUCAAAAUCCAACUGGCCAACAGGCUAACCAAUCUUACAACAACAAUAGUGCACCUCAAAGAUCACACCCACCUCCAUCACAACAACAACAACAACAGACUGGUAACUUUGUUCGACCUCGGAACCCCGCCCCGAAUCUCCAGCAGUGCCAAACGUCAUCUCAGUUCAACGCAGCACAGCAGGCACCGACCUCUCAGUUCCCUGCAGCACAACGUAUGAGUACGUCCAUAUCUGGUUACACUUCUACGUCAUCGGCUGCCAUGGGUGGUCCGGUGAUGGGAAGGGUUCCCGUUCCGGGUAGCCCCGCUCAGAGCCCCACAGCCCCAAUCUUGUCCGUCCAGGGCAGUCAUAACUCUCAAGGUCAAACACUUUCCCAGGGUCAAAUGUCAUCCCAGGCUGGUCAGCUCCCUCCACAGCAGCCACAGGUCUCCUCUGCUCCACCCAACAGCCAAAAUGCUCCCAAGUCUGAUUCUUUUAGCCUAGACAAGUUGUCAGAGGACAAGUGUAUCAUCACGGGGUCUGGCAGCAAGAACCAAGGUCUGAUGCCCAACAUGGUGUACCAGAUCCGCUCCCCACUAGACAACUCCCUGGUGCUAGCCGUGUGGACGGGGGAAAGGUUUCAGGAUCUCAGCGAGGAAGACCUUAACGGACGUUUAGCAAAUGCUGCCACUUCGACGUCAGGUCUGCCUGGUCAAAUGAUGCAGACCAGUACCCAGGCUGGCAGUAAUGUUCCCAAUGUGGCUUCAGUACAGCCAACACAGCAGGUGCCGCCCAGGUACGAAGACAGGUGCAGUGGCACUGAUGGGCAAGCUACAUCUAGUCAAGAUUCUAGUACUACUCAGGCAGAGACAGGAGAUACGAUUGCUCAAAACAGACAAGCAAGUGAGGGAAGCGGCCAGUCUACGUUUGUCAAGCCUCUACCUCCUCAAGGUGGCACUCAAGAAAAAUGCCCGGCACAAGAAGAAGAUGAUGAUGAUGAUGAUUCUAUAUUUAAGAAACCUUUGAGUGAAAACGAAGAGCACUUCCGAGUGUGCAAGCUCUGCGGGUACACAAGUCGCAACUUUAAACGGUGCGAGGGAUGUAAGAGGAUAUUCCAGGGGGAGGUGAAGAUCCACUCUCUGAAGAAAAACCCAGCAGGAAAAACAACAGGCACGUCUGCUUCGCCUUCCUCGCUGGGGACUUCCUCGCCAUCCGGGCAGGACUCUCACCCCCAGGGGGAGUCGUGGAACAAGAGAUCUGUGGGCGGUGUCCAGAAUGUGAUGAACAGCGUGUCGUUCUACGGGAACUCUGGCGUGCGAGGCCGGGGGAGGGGGGCCAGGGGUGGGCCUGGCAGGACGAGAGGAGGUGGGCUCAAGGGGAGGAAUGGAGCCAGGGCACCAGUUGGGGAAGACUACGACAGUGACUCAGGUGAUAUGGACGGACUAUCCUCUGACGGAAAUUCGGGUAACAGUCUUGAUGGGCAAGGGAAAAGACGAGCUGGAAGACCAAAGGCGAAGAACCCUGCUCCUCGUAAACGGUCCAAGAAAGUGGAUGAGCCAGUGACUGUGACCAUCUCAUCUGAUGAAGAUGAGCCGUCAUCGACCUCAAACUCAAUGCCCGGCUACAUGCCCAGUCCAGCUCACUCCUCGGGCGGAGAAUCGCCCGUCUUCCCUCACCUCAAGUCAGAGCCUGUCAAUGCUUUUGGUCGUUUUAGACGAGCUCGGAUGCAGGACGAGGAUGGCAGAAGCAGACUGUCGAAGAAAUUAAACAACACUGUCGUCCCAUCACCUCGAAUAGAACAAGGAGAGGGAGAGGAGGAAGAAGAUGAAGAGGAUGAGGAUGAUGAAGAGCCUCCGAUCUACGAAAUAGAAAUACGCAGCGUGAGGAUUGGUUCCAUGAGGACCAUAGCCGAGGGACCGUUGUUCAUGAAUGUGAGGGGUGUCUGCAUGAAAGUUAAAUCUGAGAGUUCCGGGGAAGUUUACGAAUGUGAGAUCUUGUCUGAUGAAGUGGAGAAAGUGAAGUUCUGCUUUGGAGAAUCCCAGCGGGUGCUCUUCUUCUUCCUGACCAUGGAGUGUGGUGAAAAACUGCGUAGCAUCUUCCACAUGGAGAAGGGGGAUGAUGAGUACUUUGAUCCCUCCAGUACAGACAUGAGACAGAAGAUGGUGGUGGUGAUCAUCGAAGACCGUGACCACAUCCCUGUAGACAUGAUCCGCGAGACCAUCUCCCUGUGGGCAGACAUCAACAGCAUGGACGACAACAACUUUAGUGAGGAGCUGUGUCCUGACAGUGCUAAUGACCUGCUCAUACAGUCCGCACCGCCCGUCCUUACUCACGGGGCUGAGACGGAGCGGGAUGUGGUGAAGUUUAAGAAGAGUUACAACAGGAUGAACCAAGACCUGUCCAAUAUAUCCGGGCCAUCUUACAGCCCCUCGGACAGUAUGGAUAAUGAGCCAGACAGCACAUCCAGCUCUCCACCAGAGCAGAAACAGCUCUUUGACGUACCUUCCGUCAGGCUGCUGCAGUAUCCAUUCCCACCAGCUCGAGGCAUCCCAAUCACCACAGAGGACCUUUACUGUCUGACCGAGGGAGAGUUCCUCAAUGAUGUCAUCAUUGACUUUUACCUACAGUAUUUGUACGAGGAAAUACUCAAUGAAGAAAAUCGGAAAAGGACUCACAUCUUUAGUUCCUUCUUCUACAAGCGCUUGACACAACGAGACAGGCUCUUUGGGAAGACGGAGGAAGACGCAAAGAAAAGCUUGCCGGAGCGCCGUCAUGCCCGUGUGAAAAAAUGGACCAAAACAGUUGACCUGUUCAGCAAAGACUUCAUUAUUGUCCCAAUCAACGAACACUCCCACUGGUACCUGGCAGUGAUCUGUUUCCCUGGUCUGGCCAACCCAGAGGUGGUUCCCUUCAUCCCGAGCACGGUGCAUGGGGAAGACACAGAGGAUGAUAAUACGGAAACUGGGGGGUCAGAAGAUACUCCAGCAGAAGAAACAAAUCCGGAACCUUUACCGAAGACAAUCCUUGGCAAGCAGUUAGACCCUCAAAAAUGUAUUGACAAUGAGGAAAGCAAGUACAACCUGGGACAGAAACAACCCUGCAUUUUGAUGUUUGAUUCCUUACUUGGCCCAAGCAGGGCGCCAAAUGUUCGGAUGUUGAGAGACUAUUUACAAUGUGAAUGGAAUGCAAAGAAGUCUGAGCAGAGAAACAUUGCCAAGAUUCUCCGGGGCUCUACUCCAAAAGUUCCUCAGCAGAGCAACUACAGCGACUGUGGUGUGUUUCUCCUGCAGUACGUUGAGAGCUUCUUUCAGGACCCUAUCGCAGACUUCCAGAUCCCCAUGAAGGGCCUGCAGACAUGGUUCCCCGAGGAGCUGGUGCUGAACAAACGACGAGAGAUCCACGACCUCAUCAUGCAGCUACACCGGCGCUUUCAGGAGGAAAGAGGAGACUCACGUGUAUUAGAGAUCAUGUAUGAGUCUGUGCCGAGAGAGCCCAUGCCUCAUAAGCCAGGCCCAUCUAUGGCAGAGAUGAUGCCAGGACCUGAAAAUCUGGUGCCUGGAAUGAGCCGGGAUGACGAGAGCUCUAACUCUUCUGUUGCCGGAGAUAUGAGCAAAGCUGACUUUGGUGCUGCGGCUGCCAUGCCAAUGUCUCAGGAAGAAGAAGAAGAAGGGGAGGAGGAGAUGCCACCGCCUUUGCCAGAGGAAGCGACGAUGAUGGAAUCGCAGGAAAAGGAACAGGAAGAAGAGGAGGAGAACACAUCGUAGUACAGGAAUCGAAAGCCUCUGCAGAGUAGUAUUAUCGUGGUUUGUGGACUGGCCGUUGAUCUGCCUUUGGGGUGCCUUGUUAAAGAAUCUUUUGAAAAUUUCUGAGGUCUUUGAUUUACUGGGUUUUGUUCGUUUCUUGCCAGUUUAUGAAUGUGAUGGCAGGUUGUUGGACAGUGCCUCACUGACAGGCCCUACUUCUUCUUUGGUAUCCUUCUGUUACGUCUGUCUCUUCUUUUUUUCUCUCUACUGCGCCGAACGAUUAUUGAUGUGUUGGUGUGCUUCUUUUUACUUGGAGCAGUGAAAUUCCUGUACAUGACAUUAAUUUUGCGUUUUUGGAUAUAGUCCAGUAAGUGUUUAUGUGUUUCACCCAAAUCCCACUGCUAUUGUUUCUCCAACAUUUAGUGUUGAGCUGAGGAACACAGUUCAUGAAAUUCAUUCGUCUUCGGGCUUGCCAUAGGGCAGACUUCACACUCAUUACGAGGCUUGGGAGGGGGGGGGGGGUAUUGGGCUCCUGUACACCCUUAAAAUGCAGAACCGAACUUGUUGCGGAUAGGACUGGCAGCGAAUGGAAAGAUAAGUCAUGUGCUGGAGGGAGGUUUCGGUUGUGUUUGGAAGAUUGCUCUAUUAAGCUUUACCCUCCUGCUCCCAGAUGCCAAGUUCUAAGUGUGAGUGGGUAUUUAUUGAUCUUUGCUGUCACCGAGACUCAACAGACAGAAAGUAUGAGAAAUAAUGAGUUUGAGACUAGUACAACUGAACGUUUGGUGAUGAGGCAUAUUAUAUAUUAAAUUCUGUGAAAUAUAAUGUGUUUUGAACAAAUGAUAGAAUAUUUGUGCUUGCUGCGUGUCUGGUGGAACUGUGAUUUCUGGAGAAAAUUUCCAACUUACUGGUCUUAUAAUGUGUUCUGUUGAAAGAACAGAGCUUUGCAUAUUGCUGUGUAUUUUUUUUUUUGUAGAAUGUGUAUAUUCUGUACUUGUGAGGAGAGUUGGUAAUCAAAAACCCUCAUUCAUUGAUCAUGUUGUAUAUGCUGUAAUUAUCUGACAAAAAAUGUUGACAUUGAUUUUUCUUCACAUAAAUAGAAUUUGGUGAGUGCCUGGUCGAAGAUUGUCUGAGAAUUUGCUUUAUCACAGUCAGAGAGUACAGAAACUUUUGUACAAUGAGUCAUGUGUUUCAUGACAACAGUCGUUCAUCGUUUAGCAGAAACUUCCCUUUACAGUAGCAUUUGAUUUCUCUUUAUUCUCUCUUUUGUAUCUUUUUUUUGUUUUGACUGGUUAAGGAAAUAGUUUCAAAUCCUUAAGACUUAAGGUGUCACAUUUCAACUGGAUCUGUUCUUAUUUUCAAGAUGUUACCGUGACUAUGUUAAUGAAGAUACUGAUGUGUGUAUGGGGGAGGGGGAUCCCCCGUUGGGGUCAUUGGGUGCUUUGAGUGAGUGCAUUCUCUGUGGUGCAGUCUCACUGAUGAUUUUAUUCUUUGUUCUUGUAGUGUUUGUCAAGUCCUAUCUGAAUUUGUGAAUAAAUGUGUACCAAGGCAUAAAACACA